AUGAUGCAAUAUACGAUCGAGAGCAUUCUGUUCCUUUACGUCCUUUACCGCCUUGUCCUCUGCUUGUUGCGGAUCUACUCAGACGGCAAUCCUCAACAUCGAUUCUUGCACCGACUACUUUCUGAACCUGCAGCCAAAUCAUUAUCACUACAGAAUGGUCUUCGUUUUUCGACUAUUGGAAAUGAACCGGUGGUCAUCAUUAUCGACGGGCUAGACAAGUCGGAUCAACGGCAAAGCACCAAAUUCAUUGAGGGAGUCAUUUGUUUCAUUGCGCGCCUCCAGGAGAGAUUCCCGAGAGUGAAAGCCUUGCUUACGGGGCGAAUCCCAGAGGGGCUGUCAUCUGAGGUCGGUGUGGUUCGCAUUGAGUAUGAUAAAGAAAGACAAGAAUGUCUGAAUCUUCUGAGCUUUCAGAACACACGCUACGACAAAAUCUCCGAGGAGCAUCGCGGAUCUUUGAAAUGGUUCCACAAGCACGACAAAUACCAGGCAUGGGAAGCGUCGGAAAAAUCCUCCUUUCUUUAUAUUCAAGGAAAACCGGGCAGCGGAAAAAGCACUCUCACGAAAUAUUUCCGAAAAAAAUUCAAGCCGGCUGCAGGCUCGGCUAUCGUCGCCGACUUCUUUUACAGCAACAGGGAUGGCGCUCUUCAGACCAGUCAUUACAAUAUGAUUCGAUCGCUUCUCUUCGAUGUCCUCACCGCGAGGGAGUCGUUUUUCUUCCACUUUCAACCUGAGUAUCGGAAGUACAAGGAAUCUCUGCGACACGGCCUUGUUUCGGAAUGGCAAUAUGACUCUUUGAAGAGUAUCGUUAAAAGAUUUAGUGGUCAUCCUGAUGCGGAACGGCUUUAUCUCAUCAUCGAUGCCGUAGAUGAAUCCACUGAAGAAGACAGACGCGACAUUCUAAACCUUCUGCUCGAACUCUGUUCCGAUAGCAAACACUGCACUAUCAAGGUGUUCAUCGCCAGCAGGCCAAUCGGUCUGCUCGAAUCGAGAAUCCCAGUUUCAGACAUCAUAAGGCUUCAAGACGAGAACAAGCCCGACAUCGAGCAGUACGCUCUUUCUUGUCUGAAGGGUGCACCCCUCAGCUUCACCGGUGAUAUCCUUCGCGAAUCUAUCGAUCACAUUGUCACGUAUGCUGAAGGGGUUUUCCUGUGGACACACCUCGUUAUGGAAGAACUAUCUGUAUAUGCCGAGACCGGUUACUCCAGCGAAGAAAUCUUCGAUGUUCUUAAAUCUUUACCGAAGGAGUUGGAAGAACUAUACGAGCUUAUUCUGAGCCGGCUGCUCGAAGGCAAACCUCGUGAUAUUACAGUUGGGAUACGGCUGUUCCAGUUCAUUCUUUUUGCGGCCCGCUCUCCGACAAACGCCGAAGUUGCCCACGCCCUAGCUAUACCAGAGUCCCCGGUCCGCGCCCUGAUCCAGGAUGUCGACAAAAGAAUCAUACACUGUGGAGGAAACCUUCUGGAGAUAAAGCAUUCCAAGGGCGCCAUUGGUAGUGGUACCGUUCAAGUCAUGCAUCAAACCGUUCGGGAAUAUUUUCUGCGGCCAACCGGAUAUGCAUAUAGGACCAAAUUUAAGAUGGAUGAGGACAACGCCCAUCUUGCUAUAUCGGUGACCUGUAUCCGAUAUUUAAUCCUGUGUGUCGCAAGCACCAGUUUAAAGACCACUAGCGAUACAACGGAUUGGACGCCAGGUGAGUUCGACGAGUAUGUCCAAUACCUUCACGACAGACCGUUGCUCAGUUACGCCCUACAAAAUCUCGCGCACCACAUGAAAUCCUGCCGCCGAAAAGAUGGGCGAGGUCCGAGUCUCACCUGA